UAAUCUCGUUGGAAGCUGUUCUCAUCCAAAUAAAACUGGUGGAUCACAAUAGAGACCAAGUCUACUCUUUUUUUUUUGUCCUUCUGGUUUGGGCUGUCUGAAAAAUUGAUGUGGAAAAGAAGAACGAUGAAGCAGUAAGCUUUUUAGUUGCGAUGAUUGUCUCAUCAGGUUCAUGGGUUUUGUCCCCAUCUUCUUCUUCUGUCUUUUUUAGUCGUCGCCAGAGACUACCUUUGGUGAGAUCAACGGUCGAUGGUAGGAGCCAGAUUGUUCCACCGGGACAAAGCCAAACGCCUAACAAAGAAGUAUUAGAGAGCGUGAGUCUGCUAAAAACGGCUGCAAAAACACGGAAAGUUGCAGCAGAGGAGAUUUUAGCUGCUUUUACUGCUAUCGAGAAGGCUAAGGUUGAUCCAUCACCAUUCCUUGAAACACUAGGUGGAACCGAGUCCCCUGGACGUACAUGGAUGCUCAUCUUCACUGCCGAGAAGAAACUGAAGAAAGGUCGUUAUUUCCCUCUAACCGCUGUUCAGAGAUUUGAUGCUGCGGGGAAGAGAAUAGAGAAUGGGGUGUAUCUUGGUCCAGUAGGAGCUUUGACAUUCGAAGGAAAGUUUUCAUGGAAGAACCGUAUCCUAGCUUUCAUCUUCGAACAGAUACGCAUAAAGAUUGGACCUUUGGAUCCCAUAGAGAUCGGUUUGGGAAAGAAAGAUGCAGAGUAUGAGCCGAGUAACAAAGACCCUUUCUUCAUUUGGUUUUAUGUCGAUGAAGAAAUAGCAGUUGCUCGUGGAAGAAGCGGCGGUACAGCUUUCUGGUGUCGUUGUCGCCGCAUUGCUUCAUGAUGAUCACUCUCUUCUUCUUCUCAAAAAUACUUCCCCCUGUAAAAAUCUUUGAAUGUGUGAAUGAAUGAUACAAUAUGAGUCAGCUGCAGUGUUGUGAUGUAAACUAAACCCGAAUGGUUUAAGGUAGUAAAAAUUCAUGGGGAUUCAGAUUA